CAGCAGCGGCCGCCGGCCAGUGGGGAGCGGGCUGAGGGGGGACGCGGCGACGGCUGGAGGAGCGCUAGGUCAGUGUGCAAACGGGAGUGGGGCGCGCGCCGGCUACGGGAGGCCUCGGAGACCGGGGCGAGGGGCCGGGCCGAGCAGCUGUGCGGAGCCAGUCGUCUCCCGGCGCGUCUGCUCUGCGCAGGAGCCGCAGCCCUCGGAGGGAUAUUAGAAAUGGCUACUCCCCAGUCAGUUUUCGUCUUUGCAAUCUGCAUAUUAAUGAUAACGGAAUUAAUUUUGGCAUCAAAAAGUUACUAUGAUAUCUUAGGUGUGCCAAAAUCAGCAUCAGAGCGCCAAAUCAAGAAAGCAUUUCAUAAGUUGGCCAUGAAGUACCAUCCUGACAAAAAUAAGAGCCCUGAUGCUGAAGCAAAAUUCAGAGAGAUUGCAGAAGCAUAUGAAACACUCUCAGAUGCUAAUAGGCGAAAAGAGUAUGAUACACUUGGACACAGUGCUUUUACUAACGGUAAAGGACAAAGAGGUAGCGGAAGUUCUUUUGAGCAAUCAUUUAACUUCAAUUUUGAUGACUUAUUUAAAGACUUCGGGUUUUUUGGUCAAAACCAAAACACUCGGUCCAAGAAGCAUUUUGAGAAUCACUUCCAGACACGCCAGGAUGGUUCCAGUAGACAAAGACAUCAUUUCCAGGAGUUUUCUUUUGGAGGUGGACUGUUUGAUGACAUGUUUGAAGAUAUGGAGAAAAUGUUUUCUUUUAGUGGUUUUGACACCACCAAUCGGCAUACAGUACAGACUGAAAAUAGAUUCCACGGAUCUAGCAAGCACUGCAGGACUGUCACUCAACGAAGAGGAAAUAUGGUUACUACAUACACUGACUGUUCAGGACAGUAGUUCACUAUUUUUCGUUCUCACUAAACCCAACUAGUUGACUUUUCUUUAAUAUCUUUGAUGCAAAACAAUUUUCUGUGAACUAUUUUGACAAGUGCAUGAUUUCACGUAACUUGAUAUAUUAAAUGUAUUUAAAUGUUUUUUGACAAAUUCAACAACACUCAGUUUAGUAGAGAAGUAGCUAAUUAUUAAUUCUCCUGAUUAGGAAAGAUUCUUUAAAAAAAGAUACUAUAAUUCUGCCUGGUCUUUGUUCUCUACCUGCCCUUGGGCUUACUUGCGUGGCCAGUUUUAUUACCAAGAAAAGAUUGAGUUUGCCUGAUAUAUAUUUAAAGGUUAAACUUUGAAACUUAUUGUAGAUUUAAAUCGUGUGAACUUGAAUGGUUUUUGCAGUGAAACCUUUGCUAAUUUAAAAUUGCAUGCUCUGCAGCAUCUCUGACUUGGGUUGCUAAAUGUACAUGAAACUGUAAUUGAGUCAUUCAGCAAAGGAUAGCAUAUCUUUUCCACUGAGAGCUUCAGAAAGGCAUAAUUUAAUAUUUACACAGAACCAUACCUUUCUGUAGUAAAAUUGGAGUAAAGGAAAUGAUUAUAUUGCUCAUAGCCAUUUAGGCGGAAAGAAAGUUGAAAACUUUUGAAAUAUUACCAAGAGAUUGUUACAUGUUUGAUCCCUGGCUAAUGAUUUUGUAGUGUUGAAAUCAUAGCUAAUUUAUACAUCUUUUCACAUUUCUUUCUAGUUGUUGGCGCUCUAGGUCUUACAUGGAUUUAUGUAUUUUUUGUGUGUGUGGUUCCUCUUCUUUGCACUCAUCUUUAUCUAGAGAUUGACUAAUACCUCAUUCUGUUUGUAAAAACAGCCAGUAAUUUCUGUGCAACCUUAUUAUGUGCAAUAUUUUUAAAUCCUAAGAAAUGUGUGCUUUUGUUUUCAUAUAGACUUAUUUCUUUAGUUCGGCACUUUUUGCAUUAUACUCCAUAUGAGUAUUAAUCCUAUGGAUACAUAUUAAAACUAGUAAAUGUCUCAUACAACAUUGUUUGUGAGGGAGAGAAAUACAAUAUUUACAAUAUGA